GCUCUUCGUAAAAAACUUGAAAAUGAACUUUCUAAGAAACGUGGAGGUAGCCGUUCACUGAGGAAGCAUGCACAACGGGUAGCCGGCACAGUUUCAGCCCUAAGACCUGCUCAGGCACUGACAGUAAAAGAGAAUAUGUUGGUAAUGGAAGCUGCACAACUGUUGGCGGCCAAGCGAUGCGAUUGCGUACUUGUUGUAGAUGAGGAUGACCACCUGAGUGGUAUUUUCACUGCCAAAGAUAUUGCUUAUAGAGUUGUCGCAGAAGAAUUAGAUGCAAGUCACACCACUGUUGCUACCAUAAUGACAAGAGGACCCAUGUGCGUUACCUCGGAUACUUCUGCUACAGACGCACUUAAUUUAAUGGUAACCCGAGGAUUCCGUCAUUUGCCUGUGUGUAAUGAAGAAGGCGAUAUUUUCGGGCUGUUGGAUAUCACCAAAUGCCUUUAUGAAGCAUUAGAUAAGAUGGAGCGUGCGUACGGAUCGUCACGCAAACUAUACGAUGCUUUAGAAGGUGUGGAACGUGAAUGGUCCAGCAGUCCGAUUCAACUCGUGCAAUACAUGGAAGCACUCCGUGACCGCAUGUCCUGUCCUGAUCUCCACUCCGUCCUUGAUGGGUCUCCUCCCCCUGAAGUCGAUGUGAAAGUCAAUGUUAGAGAGAUUGCCAAGAUGAUGAGAGAGCUUCACACUACAGCUGUUCUUGUGACCAACCGAGAAGGUCUAGCAGGAAUUUUUACCACCAAAGAUAUCGUAUUGCGUGUGGUUGCAGCUGGCUUGCACCCUGAAAAGUGUAGUGUUGUGCGUGUAAUGACGCCAAACCCAGACACUGCUUCACCACAAACAUCUAUCAUGGAUGCCCUGAGAAAAAUGAAUGAUGGCCAUUAUUUAAACUUGCCGGUCAUGGAUGGGCAUAUUAUUGUGGGCAUGGUAGAUGUGUUAAAACUGACCUAUGCUACUCUGGAACAGAUGAAUAGUAUUCAAGGCAACGAUGGCGAAGGGCCAAUGUGGUCUCGCUUCUGGGACAGCUUUGGAUCGACCGAUCACACAGAAACAGAAUCGCAAUUAUCGGAUCCCAUGCUAUCUCACCAUCCUUCCACUAACAUGCACCCAGCUAUGCAUGCCAUAUCUCCCGAACCAUCAUUAUCAUAUACUCAUCUCCAAGGAUACGCAGAAAUCCUUCCUAAUGAAAGUGCAAGCAUGGUUGCUACUAAUGACGAUGCUUUAUCCACCAUAUCUUCUCGCAAUAUACGCACUCAUGGUCGUGACGACGGCACAUUUUCUUUCAAGUUCACAUCAUUGAGUGGACGCACCCACCGCUUUGUCGCACCAUUGGACAGUUACUCACAACUAUUCGAUUCUGUUCUUCAAAAAGUCGCAACCGAACAUCUCACUCUCACAGGAAAGCGUGCAGGUGAAGGCGCAGCAGAUCCUUCUGCCGAAUGGCUCAGUAUUUCAUAUAUGGAUGAUGAGAAUGACGAAGUAUUAAUGUCCUCAGAUGCUGACGUCCAGGACGCUGUCAUGCUUGCUCGUAAAGUUGGCCAGAGUCGUGUCAAGCUGUUCAUACACGAUGCAAUGAUAGAAUCAAUUGCCGUGCCCAAUAUUUCAGAGCUCGACGUUCGUUCAAAGAGCGUCGUCGGGACUAGUCAUAUGGAAAUGGAAGCACUAGUAGAAGAAUUAGAGGCGGAAGAAGCAGAACUAAUAGACAAUAACGAUGACGGCGAAGAGGAUACAGCAGAAGAGGAAGAAACAGAAGAAGAGUAUAUACGCAAGAGCUCAAAGAAGCGAUCACACAGACGCCAUCAUUAUGAUGACGGAUUCCCUAGAGAUCUCCUAUUACCCGCCGCCAUCGUUUUUCUCGGUGUCGUUGUUGUUGGCGUAUUUGCCAUCUCCAGAAUAAGCCCUAGA